AUGGAGUCGAGCGGUGAUGGUGGGAAAUGGCUGGACGCUCACUAUGACCCGGUGGCAAGUCUGUACACCUUCUCGUCCUGCGUGGACCUGGCGGACCUGAGUGGGGAUGGGGAGAGCCGGCUGGUGGUGGGGGACCUGGGCUCCGGCUCAUCUGGCAUGAAGCUGAAGGUGUACCGGGGCACGGCACUGAUGAGCGAGAGCACCCUGCUGGACCUGCCCUCUGGCCUCGUCGCCUUCUUCAUGGACCUGCAUGAGCCACGCAUCCCAGCCGUCGCCGUGGCAUCCGGACCCUGCAUCUAUGUCUACAAAAACCUCCGGCCGUACUUCAAGUUCACACUGCCCAGCCUGGAGGUCAACACACUGGAGCAGGAUGUGUGGCAGCAGGUGAGGGAGGGUCAGAUCGACCCUCUGACCCUGAAGGAGAUGUUGGAGAGCAUCAGGAAGAAGGCAGACCUCCCACUUUCUGUCCGCUCACUCAGGUUCCUCUCUCUGGACACCAGCGAAAUGGAUGAGUUUGUCCAGCUGCACAAACAGCAGCCAAUCAGACGGCAGACAGUCAUCACCUGCAUCGCAACUCUGAAGAAGAGCACAGCUGACGAGGACGGCGUCAGCUGUCUGGUGAUCGGUACAGAGAGCAGCGACGUCUACGUCCUCGACCCUGAAGCUUUCAUCAUCCUGUCCAAGAUGUCGCUGCCUGCCGCUCCCACCAUGAUGGAUGUGACAGGUCAGUUUGACGUGGAGUUUCGCAUCACGGUGGCAUGUCGGAACGGCAACAUCUACGUCCUGCGCAGGGAGUCAGACAGACCAAAGUACUGCAUCGAGCUGUCAGCCCACCCAGUCGGUCUCGUGAGAGUCGGGAAGAACGUGGUGGUCGGCUGCACCGACGAGAGCCUGCAGGGCUUCACUCAGAAGGGGAAGAAGCUGUGGAAGGUCGUCCUUCCCACGCCCAUCACCACCAUGGCUGCCAUGGACCUCCCCACCAGAGGCUUCCAGGCGGUUCUGGUAGGCCUGGCCAACUGUGAGGUCCAGCUGUUCCGGGACAAGAACCUGCUGAGCACCAUCAAGACGCCUGAUGUGGUCACCAGCAUCUGCUUUGGCCGAUACGGCCGCGAGGACGGGACCCUUAUCAUGACCACCAAGGGAGGGGGCUUGGUGGUGAAGAUCCUAAAGAGGACAGCGGCCUUUGAUGACAGGGAUAGCACCCCUGGACCGCCGCUGGCCCAGAGUAUCCGCCUCAAUGUGCCCAAGAAGACCAAGCUGUACGUGGACCAAACGCUGAGGGAGCGUGAGAACGGCGCGGCCAUGCACCGCGCCUUCCAGAUGGACCUGAGCCGGCUGCGCCUGUCCGCAGCCAAAGCCUACAUCAGAGCCCUGGAGUCCAGCCUGACGCCGAUGUCCUCCAGCCUCAGCGAGCCACUCAAAAUGAAUGCUGUGGUGCAGGGUCUGGGCCCGUCCUUUAAACUCACCCUGAAUGUCCAGAACACAGCAGCUUGUCGGCCUGUCAUGAACCUGGCCAUCAGCUUCCUAUACGACGAGAACCUGUACAGAAUGAGGAACCCAUACAUGAGGAUCCCCCUUCUGGUGCCUGGACUCAUCUACCCCGUGGAGACCUUUGUGGAGUGCACGAGUGACAAGGGCAUCUCUGACAUCAUCAAGGUGUUUGUGCUGCAUGAGGGGAAGAGCUGCCCGCUGCUGACCGCCCACAUCAACAUGCCCGUCAGCGAGGGACUGACACUCAACUGACUCACAGUUCUGUCCAUCACAGACAGGCUCCAGACGUCGCAGGACUGAACUGAGAAAGGAAAGCUCACCCAGCAGAUCACUACAGAAUCUGCAUUUUAGUCCAGUUGAAUCAGACUAAAAUGCCAGAACUUCAAGACUCAGUCCACUUCCUGUCCUGGACCACCUGCAGGACAGAGUAGAUUUGUGAUUUUAGUAGAAUAAAAGCUGAAGCACAGCAGACAGGAAGCAAUCUCCUCAGCUGUACGACCCACCUGUGGCCUGUAUUUAUACAGGAUCAUCUGGUGACCAUGGUAACCAGUGUGUGUGUGUGUAAAUGGUUCAAACAGAAGUGUGUGUGUGUGUGUGUGUGUGUGUUAGCUCUGUAAUGUUACAGCUCAAGAUGCUUCAUUAUUCAUGUAUUUCUGCCUGCUUGUUUAUAUAUUUUUCAACAGAUGAGCUCCACCUCUAGUCUGAACUAAUAAAACUGUCUGUGUCGCUUCAUGGUGGUUUGUGCGUAAACAGGAAACGGCAGAAAUAAGAGACGGAAACUGACCGUCUCAUCGGAACUAAACUAAACGUGAAACAGCACCAUCUGCUGGACACGAGCUGCCAGCUUCAGAUUCUGCCUGAAUGUUUUUAAUUCCUCACAGAAACUGGAGACAGCAUGUGCUGAGUGGGGAACAUCCAGUCCUCUGUAGAGUCCGGCCGCAUCACGUCGUCAGUUUGCAGUUUGAUUGGGUCGCAUCUGAUAUGCAGAUUCAUCGACUGUUUGAGCUCUCAGGGAUUAAAAUCACUGCAGUUUGUUCAUGAAGAAACAUCAACUGUACAAACAAGUUCUAAUUAUUAUGUGUUUUUUGAAUGUAGUCUUAUUCUUCUUCCUCUUGCUGAAAAUAAAGGUUGCUUUACA